AUGCCUGUUAAAUUUGCGUUCACUGACUUUGCUGAUUUAGCUGAAUACAUGGAUGAUAGAAACAAGUCCGUUGAUGUGCUCGGAGUGGUGAUCAGUUCAUUGGCCAUGAAGACAAUCACUAGAAACUCCGGACAGUCAAAUGUUCAGAAAUUUGUCCUCCUAAAUGAAGAGUCUCAAACUGUCCUGCUAUCUUUAUGGGAUGAUUUUCUGAACAAUGAAGGCCGGAUUCUGUUGAAUAACAUGCACAGCUAUCCUGUUAUCAUUGGUCGAAGACUGAAAGUUAACAACUACAAUGGUGUUUCUCUCUCAACCUGGUUCGAUUCUGCAUUGCUUGUUGAUCCACCAAUACAGGAAGCGAGACAGCUCAAGAAUUGGGCAAUGAGAAAUGCUAAGUCAAUUGCAGAAAUCAUUGAUGCAAAAAGUUACAUUAAAUACAAUCCUGCACUUUCUUUAAAGAGAGACCAGAAAACUACUCUAAUUUGCAAUGUUACCGCAUCACAGAAGACUGCCUGGGUCAAGGCAAAACUCUCUUUUGAACAGAUCUUCCAGAAAUAUUGGUAUAUGAGCUGUGCAAAGUGUUAUCGAGCUACUGCAGCGGACUAUGGAAUGGAGUUUACUUGUAAUUCGUGCAAAGAGAAGGGCCCUGCUAUGCCUAGGUCCUAUAUUACUACAUCAUUAACUUUAAUUUAG